AUGGAUGAUUUACAACAAAUGCAACAAUAUUAUCACCACAACGGCUCACCAUCGGUUUCCACUACGCAUCGCCGUCCGAACACGUCAUCGGCACUGGAGCCAGCGCGGAAACGACCCAAACUCUCGCCGCCGGUAAUGCCAUUAGAUUUGACCGACUCGAUCCUGUCAUCCGACUCCCAAGCAUGCACAUCAACCCUGAAAGGAGUGGUCACGGCGGCCGGCGCGGCCCAAAUGUCAUCAGCUGACAGAGCCAUAGCGGCAUCAGUCGCUCAAGCUCCGCCCAUUUGUAUCGUCCCGAGAUCUGUGGAAUUUUUGAAUCCCAAAACCGAAGAAGGCUUGCUGGACAUACCGAACUCAAUGGCGAAUAUGCAAAGUGGUUAG